AGAAGAAGGCAAAGGAGUUUAAGAAGCAGGAAGCCCGUGAAAAUGUCAAUGCUGAGUCAUAUAUUGCCAAUGCUGAAAAUCCACGUUCUAAAAAGAAGCUGAAAUCUUCCAAGUCUAAUUAAUGAAGAUCAGUUUAAAUCAUAUUGGAGAGAGGAGACAGGAUAGCCUUUUUCUUUAUUGAGACAAAAGCACUGUGUUUUCGUAAAAACUGAAAGGAAUCGAAGUGAAAGCUCAAUUUUCAGGUUGGCUGCUCUGCAAUGCAAUGAGCCUAGUACUUUUUCUGAGCAACUGCUUCAUAAUGUCAUUGUUUUAAGAACUAACCAACAGUUACAUGUCUUGUAACAUAUGAACAGUUUUGAGGUGUCAAAUUAGUUGAACAGGUUAACUGUUUGUCGUAUUUGUUCAUUGAAAGGACUGCUAAACGCUGAUGAGGGUUAUUAAUAUGAACUGGCAGUUGUCAA